CUUCUGCUUGCAUUAUAUUUAUAUCAUUAAAUGGUAUCGGCACUUCUCCUUCUUCCUCCAAAUAUACUUCAUUUAAUGGAAUUCUCCAUUUAUAAGCAAUGUUAUGUAAAACACAACAUGCAUUUACAAUUAGAGCUGUAAAGAAUAGAUUUAAAAAAUACCUUUUCUUAUCUCAAUUAUGCACUAUAAUUAUUUACAUACCAGCAAAUUCUGGUGUAUAAUGUAAUGUCCUCUCUUUUAAUACGUAUUUUAAUCGCGCUCUACUCUACAUAACAUAUAAUGCAGUAGGAUAUACGACACAUUUUGACAUUAUUCGACACAAUAAUUCUUGUCGAAUAAUCUCACGUGAAAUAUUUCGUGUUUUCACUAUAGUGAAAAUUAGCCAAUCAACUGAAUGCUCACUUUUGUCAUUUUCACUAGGUUUUGAGAUACACAAUCGACCCCCUGUACUCGUCUAUAUUCUUUGCUUAUACCGUGGCCAAGGUGUGAAUCCUCCAGAAUUUCCAAAAGUUGUCUAAAAUCAAGUUGUACCAUCAUUCCUAUUUGGAUUUUUUUAAUUGGAUUGCAGAAAUAGAAAUUGGAAAUGAUUGAAUCUUGUACGAAGAAACGAAUGCUGCUAGGUAUUACAUUUUUAGGAGGUUUUUACAGAUUAACAGUUUUGGCAUUAAUUAUUGAGAGUCACUGGACAAGCAGCUCAAAUAAGCUUUACAUUGACAAUUUUGAAAAUAAUUCUUCUUGCAUUUCGAAUGAUGAGUAUGAAAUAAUAUCCGAAUGCCAUCCGUGUACAGCUUUUGAGAUUGCCAGCGAAAGUAUUGGCGUUUGUAUUCAUGCAAGAUAUAAGGAAGUACUAAAGUGUAAAAGUGGAGAAACGAUAACAAGAAGUUGUGACAAAAUAGCUUGGCUAGAAGAAAGAACAUUUUGGAAGUUUGAAGGUUUUAUGUUUGCUUCCGCAAUCAUUUCUUGUCUUAGCACAUAUUGGAGAGAGAAUAUAUUAAGACAGAGAAUGAUUAGAAAAGUAGCGAAACAAUUGCGAAUUAGUGUAUAAAUAUUGUUAAAAGUUAAAGAACUUGUAUAUUUUAUAUUUUUA